CCCAAAAUUUUAAAGGAAAUAAGACAUGAAGUAGGAGCCACACUGUGCGAAAUAUUUAAUGACUCUUUAAGAUCAGGAAAUAUACCAAGAGAUUGGAGGGACGCUAUCGUCACGCCAUUGUUCAAAAAAGGACUUAGAAGCGAAACUAGUAACUACAGACCAGUUAGUUUAACUUGCAUUAUAUGUAAAGUAUUAAAAAAAAUUAUCAAGAGGAAUAUAGUCGAGCACUUAAAUUCUAACUGCAUAAUC